UUGGACGAGAAUGUGUUCAGGGAAGGGAUAGAGAAUGCUCAUACCAUCAACGUAAACUUGAGUAAAUUCCUUUUGCACUCUGCAACACUAUCUAUCAUUUGGACAAGAGAGCAGAAGAUUUAUAAAGAUGCUUUCUCCAUCACUCCAAUGUACCUCAAGCCUUCACAUGCAAACUCCACGGAUCUGAGAGAUUGGGGCCUUCACUUGAGCCGCCGUUUUAAAGCUCUCAAAGUUUGGUUCAUUAUGCGUCUCUGUGGUGUCGAAGGUCUUAGACGUCAUGUGAAUAAGAUAUGUGAUAUGGCCAGUUACUUUGAAUCAUUAGUGGAUCAACAUCCAAAUUUACAAAUUUUCACGACGAGAAACUUUGGUUUAUUCACCUUCCAAUACAGUGUAGGUAUUACGUCAUCAAAGAACCAGCUUCCUUUAGUUGACUUUUAG